UAUUCGAUUCAAGACAAACGCGGAAACUUGACAUCACGGAUUAUACGCACUUUUGUUUCCCUGUUGACCUUUUAUGUAGUAUGACAGAGAUAUAGUCGGCAUACUCUUCGGUUUGUUUUAAGAUCUCGCGCUUCUUUAUGUUGGUGUUUUUUUCUUCAUUUUUAAAUGGUACACGAAGAGUUGAGUGCUCGUCUGAACGAUGGCGGGUAUAAGAACUGGCUCAAAGCGGGGUACUGCCUCCUCAAACUGCGGGAGGGGUUGCACUCUUUCACCGAUACUGAAAUGAGAUCGUUCCAUGGAAAUCUAGUCACUAGGAACCCAGGUCUGCGGCGGCCGUGUCAGAGCGGGUGCAGACCCAAAGGGAAUCAGCUGUACUCUGUGUGUGUGGUGUGUGCAGAGUGGAGGACAGCGAUCCUGAGGCACCACACAAACCCCAGCGGGACGGUGAACUGGGGGAACUGCAGUCCCCCACUCUGGAACCAGGACCACUGGGAACUGGCAAAGGCCUACAUGCCGCGGGGUCAGGCUGGGGUUAAGGGGGCGGAGCUGUGUGAUGUGUCCGCACUGCUCAACCUCCUCAACUACUGCUCCCACUUCAACUACGUAGACCAGCGCUGUGUCAGAGAGGUUAUCAGGUGUAGGAACGAGCUGAUGCACUCCUGUGAGAUGCGAGUGUGUGACCAGUGGAUGAGGCACUACCAGGCCAGCAUACAGCAGCUCUUACGGCAAUUCACACACCUACCAGAAGUGGCAGCAGCCGGACAACAGAUACUAGAGAUGCUGGCUGUUGAUUUGUCGGUGUUAGUUCCUGGUGUGGACCGAGUGGACGGGUCCUUGUGGGAGGGGGUGGAGCCUGAGUCUAUCAGCCAAUGGGAAACAGACUUGCUGAGAGAGAGGCUGCAAGAGCUGCUUACUGACACCGACACACAGGACACUGAGGAGUUGCUGAGACUGAGGGAUUUCCUCCUGGCCAACAGAGACUUGAGUGACCAGUUCUCCUCUGAACUCCAGACCAUCACAUCAAUGGAGACUCAGAGGAGGAGAAGAGGAGAAGGGGAGGAGGAGCGAGAGAAGGGGGAGGUGGGAGGGAAAGGGGGGGAAUGAAAAGGAGACACCUGAGUAACCAGUUAACCUUCUAACUCAUCAGAGGAGAGGGGAAGAGAGCGGGAGGAAGAGAGGAGAGCAAAGGUGAGGACUGAACCAUAAGAGAUAGAUAGAUGGAGGACUCUACUGCCCAAAAGCCAGUUUUAGCAUGUGCUGCACCAUUGAGGACUUUCACCAUUUUUAAGUAGUCAACUGAGUGGGACUUCCUAUGGGUUAAGGAAGGAUCACAUGAUUCCAUUCGGGUCAUCAGGAAGGAUCAGCCAAUGAAUUAUAGUUGUGAGCAAACAUUCCAUAACUGCAGGUGGCAGUAAAUCGCCAACCUUGGCUUUGUACCUGUUCAAACAACUCACUACAGUAGGGCUGGGCAAUAUGGCCAAAAUAUCAUAUCACGGUAUUAGCAUUUUUUAAAAUGGUAUUUAAUGUUUUGAAUAAUAAACGUUCUGAAUUUGCUUUAUGAGUAAUGCGUGACCCUAGGGUGAAUUGAAUUGGCCACUCCAUUCUGAUUGUUUUAUAAUGUUCAAUUAAACUUAAACAAAAAAUAA